AUGAUUAUCACAAAGCAGUAUCGUUGCAUACACUCAGCUAGCUGUAUGUGCUCAAAAGGGCAUCUUACGGAGGAAGUGAUAUUUCUGCUUUUUGAGCAUUUGAACUGGAAUCCUAAGUUGAUUGCAGCUCUUUCUUGUGCUUGCAAAUGGUUUGAUGAUCUUGCUAAACGAAUACUUUGGAAGGAGUUUUGUAAGACUAGAGCUCCAAAGAUGAUGGUUGAUCUGCAAUCUAGUGGGAGUCAUAGUGUUGAUGGGAACUGGAGGGCGCUUGGGAAGCUGCUUAUUUACUGUUCAGGAUGUAGCAAGGGGGGCUUGUUUAAUAGCAUUUCUAUUCCUGGACACUUUGUCUACAGAACCCGGUUCUCUAGGACAUCAGGGAAAAGCUUUCUUUUACCUCAAUGCAGAACAGAUGUUUUGUAUGUGUCUGACCCUUGCGAACAUCUUGAUCAAGGGGAAGAAGGGGAUGUAGGAUUCUUCCGGGGAGUUUUUAAGUCUUUUGCUUCAUCAAAGGUGAGAAAGAUGCUGAUUAGGAUGGGGGCUCAGUUACAUCCAACGGAGGUUUGCCCCUAUUGUAAGGCAAAGUUGUGGAGCAUGCUGCAAGCAAAGAUGAUACCACAGAGUGCUAGCUGCAGGUUAGGUUCUUAUGAAGAUUGCAUUGAGUACUACGUGUGCCUCAAUGGCCAUGUGCUUGGGAUUUGCACCCUCUUGCCAUUAUCAGAUUCAGAUGAGGCAUCUGAGUUGGAGUGAUCUUAGAAUAGACCAAGGUAUAUUCUCAUACUUUGAUUUUCAUUUCACAUUUUGAUGGUAACAUAAUUUUUCUUUGCCAAUUCAAAGUUGUUGACUUUUAGUUCAUGUGAAAUCACCUGUCCUAAGUAUUUUCUUCUUUGCUUCGAAAAAUAAAUGGCCAAAAGACAUUGGUUUACCUUUUGCUAUACCAUUCAGUAAAUGUACAG